GCCCGGAGAGCAACUGCGUCUCUGCGCCUGCGCGGUGCCCAGGGGACGGGUGGGACUCAGAAAUGGCGGCGUCCAUGUUCUACGGCCGGCAGUUGGCCGCGGCCGCCCUGAGGAGCCACCGGCCACAGACUACGCUGCGAGCCGCCGCCCAGGUUCUGGGAAAUUCUGGCUUGUUUAACAAGCAUGGACUGCAAGUGCAGCAGCAGCAGCAGAGGACUCUUUCACUGCAUGAAUACUUGAGUAUGGAGUUAUUGCAGGAAGCAGGUGUCUCUGUUCCCAAAGGCUUCGUGGCAAAGUCAUCCGAUGAAGCUUACGCAAUUGCCAAAAAAUUAGGAUCAAAGGAUGUUGUGAUAAAGGCACAGGUUUUGGCUGGCGGCAGAGGAAAAGGAACAUUUACAAGUGGCCUCAAAGGAGGAGUGAAGAUCGUUUUCUCUCCAGAAGAAGCAAAAGCUGUUUCCUCACAGAUGAUUGGGCAAAAAUUGAUUACCAAGCAAACUGGAGCAAAGGGCAGAAUAUGCAAUCAAGUUUUGGUCUGUGAGCGCAAAUAUCCCAGGAGAGAAUACUACUUUGCAAUAACAAUGGAGAGGUCGUUUCAAGGUCCUGUACUGAUAGGAAGCGCACAAGGUGGUGUUAACAUUGAAGACGUGGCUGCCGAGAACCCUGAAGCCAUUGUAAAGGAGCCUGUUGAUAUAGUGGAGGGCAUCAAAAAGGAACAAGCCGUGACACUUGCACAGAAGAUGGGAUUUCCUUCAAACAUUGUGGACUCUGCAGCAGAAAACAUGAUCAAGCUUUAUAAUCUUUUUCUGAAGUAUGAUGCAACUAUGGUAGAAAUAAACCCAAUGGUAGAAGAUUCUGACGGAAAGGUGUUGUGCAUGGAUGCAAAGAUCAAUUUUGAUUCAAAUUCAGCCUAUCGCCAGAAGAAGAUCUUUGAUCUUCAGGACUGGAGUCAGGAAGAUGAAAGGGACAAAGAAGCAGCUAAUGCAGAUAUUAACUAUAUUGGCCUCGAUGGGAGCAUAGGCUGUCUAGUAAAUGGUGCUGGCUUGGCUAUGGCCACAAUGGAUAUAAUAAAACUACACGGAGGGACUCCAGCCAACUUUCUUGAUGUUGGUGGAGGCGCCACAGUCCAGCAAGUAACAGAAGCGUUUAAACUCAUCACUUCAGAUAAAAAGGUGCAGGCUAUUCUGGUCAACAUUUUUGGAGGAAUCAUGAGAUGUGAUGUUAUUGCACAAGGGAUAGUCAUGGCAGUAAAGGAUUUAGAAAUCAGAAUACCUGUUGUGGUACGGUUACAAGGUACACGAGUUGAUGAUGCUAAGGCACUAAUAGCAGACAGUGGUCUUAAAAUCCUUGCUUGCGAUGAUUUGGAUGAAGCUGCUAAAAUGGUUGUAAAGCUCUCUGAAAUAGUGACCUUAGCCAAAGAAGCCCAUGUGGAUGUGAAGUUUCAGUUGCCAAUAUGAGCAAGACCUUGGUGGAUGGCUACGGGUAUUAAUGUGCUGUAAUCCUUUAUUAUACUGUGGUCUCUCCUAGUGUCCCUUUUCUUUUAAUGUGUGGAGAAUGUAAUCACCACACAGGCACACAUACCUUUGAAAGCAUCUGCUCUGCAUUUGAUUCUGCUGCUCAGAAUGGACUGUUUAUAUAAAGAAUGUCUGAUAGAAACUUACGGUGGUCUCUUUUCUUGCAGCCAUCUUUUUUGCUUCCUCUACAGAAUGUCACUUGAAGUAUGCCUGCUUUCUGGUGUUGGAUACAGAGUUCUUCAUUGAUAAGAGUUCUAUAAAUAAAAUUACUACAAAGAUAAAGCUUUAUUCUUUAGUAUAAAAAUAUAUCUAAUAACAGCCUCAUUAGGACAAUGGUAUGUUAUAACAAUGUUUUAUAUAAGAAAUAUUUAUCUUCAGCAUCAAAUGGCUCUUAAAUGUAUCAAUCAUUAUUUAUACACAGAACUUGGAAGCACUCCUCAGAACAUCUUUUAAGUAUUUUAGAGAAGUAACUUGCUGAUUAUUUGAACAUCGUUUUAAUUAUUACAGGACAAUGAUAAGUGCAAGUCGUCAUGAUUCUGUGGUGGUAAAAACACGCAGGUUGAUAAGAAAGGUACCUACUAAGACUUGGACAAAACUAGAAUGCUAGCUUAAGUCAAUAAAAGUUUCCCAAUGUAA